UUGCUCCGGAUUCUACUUGGCUUUCUUUCCCUCUCCUUAGUCCCUCCCUCUCUCACCUCCUCGCUUGGCUUCCUCGGCUGGCUAGCUCAGCGCACUUUGGCCUUUGCUGGCAGCGGAUAAAAGGGGUCUGAGGAAAUACUAAACACGGUCAUCCCAUCGCCUGCUCUACCCUUUAAAUUCCCAGCCCGGGAGAUCUACGCACAGCCAGGUCGGGCUGAACACCCAUCCCGCGGGACAGGAGCGGAGGUUUCCGGGCGCAGUUCGGCCAAUCGCCGGCACCAGCGGGCUCCGGAACCGAAGUCCACGCUGGGUCUCAGCGCUGGGACAGUGAGGCCAGCCGCCCACAGCCACGAUGCCUGCCCACAUGCUCCAAGAGAUCUCCGGCUCCUAUACGACCACCACCACCAUCACAGCGCCUCCCUCCGGAAGCCUGCAGAAUGGACGAGAGAAGCAGAAGACGAUGCCUCUGUACCUGGAAGAAGACAUCCGUCCUGAAAUGAAAGAAGACAUACAUGACCCCAGCUACCAGGAUGAGGAGGGGCCCCCGCCCAAGCUGGAGUACGUCUGGAGAAAUAUCAUCCUCAUGGCCCUGCUGCACUUGGGGGCCCUGUACGGGAUCACACUGCUUCCCUCCUGCAAGGUCUACACCUGGAUCUUCGGAAUUAUAUACUAUGUCAUCAGUGCCUUGGGCAUCACAGCCGGGGCUCAUCGCCUGUGGAGCCACCGGACUUACAAGGCGCGCCUGCCGCUGCGGCUCUUCCUCAUCAUUGCCAACACCAUGGCUUUCCAGAAUGAUGUGUAUGAAUGGGCCCGAGAUCACCGCGCCCACCACAAGUUCUCAGAAACACACGCCGACCCUCACAAUUCCCGGCGUGGCUUUUUCUUCUCUCACGUGGGCUGGCUGCUUGUGCGCAAACACCCGGCUGUCAAAGAGAAGGGUGGAAAACUGGACAUGUCUGACCUCAAAGCUGAGAAGCUGGUCAUGUUCCAGAGGAGGUACUACAAGCCUGGCCUCCUGCUCAUGUGCUUCAUCCUGCCCACAUUGGUGCCCUGGUAUUGCUGGGGUGAGACUUUCAUGAACAGCUUGUUUGUCAGCACCUUCUUGCGAUACACUUUGGUGCUCAAUGCCACCUGGCUGGUCAACAGUGCUGCCCACCUCUAUGGAUAUCGCCCCUAUGACAAGAACAUUGAAUCUCGAGAGAAUAUCCUGGUUUCCCUGGGUGCCGUGGGCGAGGGCUUCCACAACUACCACCACGCCUUCCCCUACGACUACUCUGCCAGUGAGUACCGCUGGCACAUCAACUUCACCACAUUCUUCAUCGACUGCAUGGCUGCCCUGGGCCUGGCUUAUGACCGGAAGAGAGUGUCCAAGGCUGCUGUCUUGGCCAGGAUCAAAAGAACUGGAGAUGGGAGCCACAAGAGUAGCUGAGUUUGGGGCUCCUGAGUUCCCGUUCCAAGAGUGAUAUGGGCAGAGAUAUAAUAUUCUGUUGAUUAACUACAGGAUAAUGCUACCAGAAUGCUAAUGAUGCAUUUAACCUAUUCCAGCACAGUAUUCUUUUAAGAUGAGAAAGCUUUGAUCACGUUUUGAGGUAAUACACAUUUUAAUUAGCUAGGAUUAACCAUGCCACAAUAUGUAUACUUCUAAACAUAUACACAAUAAAUGCAUAUAUAACUUUA